AUGGAUCAUUUAGCACAUGAAGCUAAAAUUGAAGGUUUAAGACCUGGACAUGUUAUAUUGCUUCCAUCAGGUUUUCAAGGAAGCCCUAGAGCAAUGCAACAGAAUUAUCAAGAUGCAAUGGCAAUCGGACAUGAUUGUGCUAACAUUAAAUUACAACGACCAGUUCAAGAAGGUCCUACUGCCGCUGAAGGAACUUUGAAAUGGGAUGAAAUUAAAGCAAAUCUCGAUGCAAGAUAUGUAAGCGCACCUGAAGCUGCAUGGAGACUUUUUGAAUUUCCAUUACAUGACUAG